UGUUGUGUUCUACUAUUUUCUAUACUUUAGAAACAUAAAACAUGUCGGAUUGGGGGCCAGUGUUUGUUUCAAUUGUGCUAUUUGUUUUGUUGACGCCAGGAUUGUUGUUUCAGAUACCUGGACGGUCGAGAUGCAUUGAGUUUGGAAACUUUCAGACAAGUGGUGCUUCAAUACUCAUUCAUUCUCUUCUCUAUUUUGGUCUCGUUUGCAUUUUCUUCCUUGCUGUUAAGAUUCACCUGUGUAAAUUGUGCAAAGUGAUGGCUGCUGAUUGGGCUCCGGUGGUGAUAUCAGUGGUGCUAUUUGUUCUACUAAGUCCAGGACUACUCUUCCAGCUACCUGCUAAGGGAAGGGUGGUGGCUUUUGGAAGCAUGCAAACUAGUGGUAUCUCUAUCUUGGUCCAUACCAUCAUCUUCUUUGGACUCAUCACCAUUUUUCUACUUGCUAUUGGUGUCCAUAUCUACUCAGGAUAAUCAAAUCAAAUCAAAUCAUCACCUAACAAUGUGGCAUUAUUAAUUGCUUUUUUUCUAUUCUUGGUGUUUUCAGUUUUAUGUAUUCUUGUUUAAAUUAUGAGUUGUCCUUGGUGUUUUCAAUGUAUUCUUGAUCUUAUUUGAUUUGGUCCUUAGAUCGCACUCAAAAUCGUGGCAUACUUACCCUAUAAAAUGUGGCAUCAACACCUGUUAUAACAACAACAGAAUCUCAUAUUAUAAUGAAAUCAUUUCAAAUGCUUAAUCUAUAACAACCAUCUCAUCCGAAAUCUGUUUUCUUUGAGGUAAAUCAUGUAUUACCUUUCUAUACAUUGUAUAUAUGACAUGUUUGGAAAUGUAAGAAAGGGAAUCCUAAAAACUAUAAUUUA